AUGGAAUUAUUUAGAUCAGAGCUGUUUUACAUAUUCGUUAGAAACGAAUCAAGUUUGUGGUGGAAUAGACUAACAGGGGCAUUUUCAGUGCGAUCAGCAUGGGAUCUCUCCGACAUAGAAGACAUCGAAUGCUUAGGCAUCACAGACGGUAUAUUGGGCAAAGUAGAGCAUUCCAAUGUGUUCGAACCACGCCUAAUGAUUAUAAAGGAGAGUGCUCCAGUAGGCACUAUAUACUUCCAUCAUACCAUAUAUAAAAUCAAAUCUGUAUGCUUUUUGAAUAUGGGCCCCAAUAACCAAGAGGUGGAAUUAUCUCCUUGCACUAAGCAUGGUUCCUUGAACAGUGUUACUAGCUCAAACAAGUCAUUAAAUAAAAAAAUGGGGGCAAGACUAUUUGAAAAUUCAGCAUUUUUAAAUAAGACUGUUGGUGCUGUUAAGAAUGUGAGCAACACCAUCAAGACUACUACUCAACAAGCAGCUACACAGGUGAAACAGACAGUUAAAAAACAACGAGAUCCGAAACUCUCAGAGCGUUUUGAGAAACGACUAGCAGAUGAACUAACUAAAAUAUUUGACGACUCCGAUAGCUUCUUCUAUUCCCGGACCUUGGAUUUGACGAAUAGUCUCCAGAGACAGUACGAGAUAGAGAAGAUGCUUGAAACAGCGGAAGGUGUUGGGAAGCCCGUUAUUGAUAUCACCAAAUGGUGGAAACACGUCGACGAUCGGUUCUUUUGGAAUAAGCAUAUGUUAAAGGAUAUUAUUGCGCUUGGGAGUCCAGCGUGCGACCAAUGGAUCCUUCCAGUGAUCCAGGGAUACGUGCACCUCUCACAAAUAGCAGUAGAACCUCCUGAUGCAAAUCCUCUCAACGCGGAUCCUGGCGGCAACGCGAGCUCGUGUGAUGAGACCUUUACCCUCGGCCUCAUAUCGAGGCGGUCGAGGUACCAAGCUGGAACUAGAUAUAAUCGUCGCGGCAUCGAACCGGAAGGCAAAGUUGCCAAUUAUGUAGAAACAGAACAAAUUGUGUCCAUCAUAUGCACCGAUAGUAUACAUAGAGCCUCCUUUGUACAGGUACGAGGUUCAGUGCCCAUAUUUUGGAGUCAACCUGAUCUGAAGUUCAGACCGCCACCGCGGCUUGACAAAAGCGACGAAGAAUCUCACUCGGCGUUCAAGAAACACUUCGCCGAAGAACUUAAGCUGUACAAGCAGGUGUGCAUUGUGAACCUGGUGGAACAGCAAGGCAGGGAGCGCGUCAUAUGGGAAGCGUACGGCAACCAUGUGUUACAGUACAAUAGCCCUGAUAUUAUUUACGCUACGUUUGAUUUUCACGAGUACUGCCGCGGCAUGCACUACGAGAAUGUAAGUAUCCUGAUCAACGCAAUAGCGGACGUGAUUAGCGAGAUGCGGUUCUGUUGGCGGGAUGACAAGGGACUUAUAUGUACGCAAAAUGGUGUGUUCAGGGUUAACUGCAUCGAUUGUCUUGAUAGAACGAAUGUUGUUCAGACAGCAAUAGCGAAGUACGUGCUGGAGCUCCAGUUGUGCCGGCUGGGGCUGGGCACGCCGGGCAGCGGCCUGCCGCCCUCGCUGCGGCAGGCCUUCCUCACCAUGUGGGCCGACAACGGGGACGUCAUCUCGCGACAGUACGCUGGCACCAAGGCGCUCAAGGGCGACUACACAAGAACUGGUGAGAGGAAAUUCACGGGCUUGAUGAGAGACGGCGUCGCAUCUGCUAACAGAUUUUUCAUCUGCCAUUUUAACGACGCCAUAACACAAUGUGCCAUUGACAUUUUACUCGGACAGGAAGUCAAUAUGGCGACUAUUGAAAGCUUUCAUAGCUUAUGGCGAGAUAUAAAGACAGCGUCGUUGAUUUUGUAUGAGAAUAUGGACAUUGACCGGCCAAAGUUAGAAAUGAUGCCUAGUUACUUUGGCCAUGGUAUGACUAGUGAAUUGGCUGGAGCUGAGAUCGCUUAUGGACUGGGGAGAUACUAUCUGUCGACCUUCAAGGACGCUCUCCGACAAAUAGCCAUCGACGUGAUGACGGGUGAAUCUCGCACCAUACCCGAACAGCUGAUUGGGCCGGAUUGCGGACGAUGCACCUCUGUCAAGUUGCUCAUGUACAAUGAGGUAGACACAGCAGCGAUGGCUCAACACGUGAAAUCUCUCAUAGACGACUGCAAGAAGCUUUUGGUGGAUUCGGAGCCCAUCCUUGGCUCCUGGGGACUUAUCGAUGCUGAUCCUAACACGGGCGACCCGCAGGAGACGGAGAUGGACAGCGUGCUGGUGCUGACCAGCGACGCGUACUACGUGGCCGACUACGACGAGACCUCCGACCGCCUGCUCGCCGUGCAGAGGGUGUCGCUCGCAGACGUCACACACAUCGAACUCGGCCCCUUCGAUGCCAACUCUUCUCUGUUCGGUGUGAGCCGCAAGAGCAGUUCCGAGCCGGUGUACUGCAUUCGCAUCAAUUACACGUACAACUGUGAAGCAGGUUACUACCACAUGUUCAGGUCCACCACGCUGAGGUUCUUCAACAACAUGGCCGUUGUUAUCAAUACCAAAGAUGAAAUGAUCGAAUCGUUACAUUCUAUUUGCGAGUCAAUUAUUGUAGCUCGAGACGUGGCGAAGCUACCCCCUAUAUCCUUCCACGAUGGUGCCAAACUAGAAAAAAAGAAAUCUAAGAUACAUCCCGUACACGGCCUAUCCGGUGGCGCAAGAUCGUCUCUAUAUUUGGACUUAUCGCGACUGCCCACACUCACGCGCAAUGUUAGCGAAACACAAUUGGUCGCGGAUAUAAGAAGCGUUGGAUCCAAAGCCUUGACCAACAUGACGGAACAAUUCAGCAAGCUAAACAAACUAAGCCAUUCGCUGAAUGCCCGCGCGCGUCCAAGCUUACAACUUAAGUUUGACCAAGGUACCUCCCGGACCAAGAAAAUAUUCACUCUUGGCCAAAACAAGAACGACAAUAAGAAAAAAGGCAGUUUAUCCGAUGGUAUGAGCUCAGAUUAUUCUUCAGACGAUGAAAAUAGGACAAAUAUAUUUGAGCCAACAUUGGACAACUUUGAAAACACUCAACAUUAUAUUGGCAAAGCCUCAAAAACUGAAGCAGACAAUGACUGCGAUUUGAUCGAAAAUCCUUUGUACUCAUCAAAAAUUGAGCCCAAUGACGAAAGUAAAAAGCAAGAAGUAUUUAUGGCGGAAAUCGUCACAAACGUUGAUAAGCAAACGUCAAAAACUCCAGUCAAUGUGAACAAAAUUAAUCCGUUUAAUAUAGACGCUUAUAAGACGCCAGAGAUUCAAGUUGAAGGAGAUUUUGCGAAGCCUGCGCCUCCAAACUCUCUUCUACUUACACAAAAAUUAUCUCAUAGUUCUAAUGAACUAAACUUUGAAGACACUCAACCCGAGAGCGCCAACUAUCACGUUAGAUCUAAUUCCCAACAUGAGAUUACUUUGAAUAUAGCUCAAUCGCACAGCGAGUCGGCUCUGCGGCAGUUUAAAAAUAUCGCUAGUCCCGUGUCCAGUUCUACCAAAGACAUGGUAUUGUCGCCGUUAACCAAACUGGCGAAGGGCGUGCAGAAUUUAGGCGCUAAUUUGGAUCCGAGGAAGAUAAAGGGCAGCAACGCAACAGUAAAGCACAUAACCGAACAACAGUAUGAAGAACAUAGAAAACUACAAGAGAAAUGGCGUGGAUGCAGCACUCGGCUCGUAGCGCUCUAA